AUGUCAUAUGCCCAUCGAUAUCAACGACUUGGUGAUACCAACGAUCUCGAGAAAGCACUUGAAUGCAAACAUCGGGCCCUCGCACUCACUCCUGACGGUCACCCAGAUUUACCGCGCCAUUACGCUGCAUUGGGCGUAUCAUACACGGAUCAAUACCGACACUUUGGUAAACUCGCUGAUCUUGAGAAAGCGAUCGAAUACGACUACCAAGCACUUGAACUUACUCCAGAUGGCCACCCGGACUUGUCACGCCGCCAUGCUGCACUCGGUGUGUCGUAUACCGACCGAUAUCAACGUCUGAACGAAGUCGGCGACCUUGCGAAAGCAAUCGAAUUCAAGUCUCGAGCGCUUGCAUUAACUCCCAGUGGCGACCCGGACUUGCCAGAUCGACAUGCAGCGCUAGGUGCUUCAUAUGCUGAUCGAUAUAGGCAUCUGAGCGAAGUCAGUGACCUUGAGAAAGCCAUUGAAUACAAGUCACAGGCGCUCGCCUUGACUCCCAGUGGCCACCCAUCCUUACCCGACCGGCAUGCUACGUUGGGUGUGUCACAUAGUGAUCGAUACCAACGCCUAGGGGAAAUCUACGACCUCGAGAAGGCAAUUCAAUGCGACUCUUGCGCACUUGAACUCACCCCCGUCGAUCACCUGACUUUGCCAGAUCGGCAUGCUGCGUUAGGCGUAUCAUACCGUGAUCGACAUCAACGCCUUGGUGAACUCGGUGACCUUGAGAAAGCACUCGAACAUAAUUCCCGGGCACUCUCAUUAACCCCCGGCGAUCAUCCAGCCUUGCCAGGCCGAUAUGCUGCGCUGGGGGUUUCAUACAGCGAUCGAUAUAGACAUCUAGGCGAACUGACAAAUCUCGAGAAAGCAAUCGAAUACAAUGAUCGUGCCCUUACACUCACUCCCGAUAAUCACCCCGACUUGCGGCGUCGCCAUGCUGCAAUGGGUGUCCUAUAUGCCGAUCGAUAUAAACGCUUAGGAGAGCUUGCCGAUCUUGAGAAAGCAAUCGAAUACGACCGCCAGGCGCUUGUCCUAACUCCCGACGGCCAUUCAAGCUUGCCAGAUCGUCAUGCUGCACUAGGCGCAUCACACGGCGACCGGUAUCGACGCCUUGGCGAACUCGUUGACCUCGAGCAAGCAAUCGAACGCAACCAUCAUGCACUCAUGCUUACUCCCGAAGGCCACCCGAACCUCCCAGACCGACAUGCUAAUUUAGGCGCGUCACACAACGACCGAUAUAAGCGCCUUGGUGAACUCAACGACCUUGACAAAGCAAUCGAAUGCGACUCUCAAGCGCUCGCAUUGACCUCGGACGAUCACCCAGACUUUCCGGCUCGAUAUGCUGCCCUGGGUGUCCUGUACACCGAUCGAUAUCGACACACGGGCGAAAUCGCUGACGUUGAGAAAGCAAUCGAAACCAAGUUCCAGGCGCUCACGCUUACUCCUAAUGGUCACCCAGAUUUGCAACGCCGUCAUGCUGCGCUGGGUAUAUCAUACAUCGACCGAUAUCGGUGUCUGGGUCUAAUCGCUGAUCUCAAUGACGCUAUUGAAUUCUUCACUGAUGCGCUCACAUUCACUCCCGAAGGACACUCUGAUUUGUCAGACCGCCAUGCUAAUCUAGGGGUGUCGUAUAGUGAUCGGUAUCGACGCCUGAGCGAGCUUACGGACCUCAAGAAGGCAAUGGAACACCACUCUCGUGCGCUGAACCUCACCCCCUAUGGCCACUCGCAAUUGCCUUUAAGGCAUUUUAAUUUGGGUAUAUCUUGCCAUCAACAAUACCAGCAGACACACGAUUCUUCCCACUUGAACAAUUCACUCAGCUCCUUCCGUGAAGCUUCUCAACUAUUGAACGGAGUACCGCGCGAUGUGUUUGACAAUGCUUUCCGCUGGGCAAACCUUGCGUCCAAACAUAGCCACCUUGGAUGCAUUGAAGCCUUCCAAGCCACAAUCGAUCUUCUUCCUCAUUUCAUAUGGCUUGGCUCUACAACGACUCAACGAUAUCGUGAUAUAUCAUCCACCGAGAACCUAGCCGUGCGAGCUGCCUCUGCUGCCAUCCUUUCGUGCAAAUACGCACUGGCACUUGAAUGGCUCGAACACGCACGAUGUGUAGUUUGGAGCCAAAGCCUUAUGCUUCGGUCUCCUGUGAAUAUACUUCAAGCCUCCCACCCGGACCUUGCUACUCAACUUCAGUCGAUUUCUCGGCAGCUACAUCAUGCGAAUUCUCAGUCUUCAUCAUCUCAUCCGGUCGUAGAUGCUCCAGACCAUCGCCACCGUCUAGCCAGGGAGUACAAUGAUUUGGUAGCCCAGGCACGCAAGCUACCAGGAUUCGAGGGUUUUCUUCUACCGACAAAGACCAGCGAGCUGAUCGAGGCUGCUCGAAACGGACCCGUCGUGGUUAUCAAUUGCGAAGAAAAUCAUUGCGAUGCACUCAUAGUCAUGCCUGGGAGUGGCGACAUUACCCAUGUUCCUCUUCCUAAUUUCACUGGCACAAAAGCUCAGUACACUCGUAUUGAAAUGGAAAAGUCAAUCAGGAGUAGGCAACCAAGUGAACGUGGCACGAAGCGCCGACCGGCACAAGAGGAAGAAGUUGAUUUUGAAAAAAUACUCGCAAGUCUCUGGUAUGACAUCGUGAAACCAGUGCUAGACUUCCUCGAAUAUACGCAUAAAACUGAUGAAAUCUCCAGAAAAAUGCCGCAUAUAACAUGGUGUCCAACUGGUGCAAUAUCGUUCCUACCGCUGCACGCUGCCGGAGAUUACGAACGACCACAAUCAAGAGUGUUUGACUACGUGAUAUCUUCUUACACCCCCACCCUCACUGCUCUCCUCUCUUCGUCUUCUAGCACGCUGGAUCGUGACUGUCGCGUACUAGUCAUUGGCCAAGAGGCUACACCAGGUCGCAUACAAGACCGAGCGGGAUACUUACAAUUACUGGGAAGUCAAGCGACUACCACGGCCGUGCUCGAUGCAAUGGAACAUCAUGACUGGGUUCACCUCGCCUGCCACGCUCACCAAAACGUCCACGAUCCAACUGACAGCGGAUUCUUCCUGCACAACGGCACCCUGAACCUCGCGUCCAUCAACCAGCGGUCGCUCAAGAACAAAGGCCUGGCCUUCCUCUCGGCUUGUCAGACCGCAACAGGCGAUGAACAGUUACCUGACGAAGCGAUACAUCUCGCAUCCGGUAUGCUGACGGCUGGGUACUCGAGCGUUAUUGCGACGAUGUGGUCGGUUUAUGACGAUGAUGCGCCGCUGGUAGCCGAUAGGGUGUAUGCGCAACUAAUGAAAGAUGGAAGGAUUGGUAACGGAGAAGCAGGGAAAGCGCUACACAAUGCACUCGGAGAACUGCGGGACAAGGUCGGAGAGAAGGAGUUUAGUCAUUGGGUACCUUAUAUCCACAUAGGCUCAUAA